AUGAACAGGAACCUAUAUUACGAAGACCCGGAAAUGUUCGGCUCCCAAGAUCGGGUUGACGAGCUCGUAGAUGGCCUAGCCCUUGCUCUUGGAGACCACUCGGCGGCUGGACAGGGCCUCCUAGUCACUCUGGCUGUUGCACUCGUGGGCAAGCUCCAAGACGAGGAAAUUCGGCGGGAGUUACAAAUCAUGCUCGUGACCAACGUGAAGGCCGAGAUCCAGAUCAUGAACGAGGAUGGAGAUGUCGCCAAGGAAUUCCAGAUUCUAACUUCUUUCAUUCUAAAGUCAACACCUCAUGAUCAAGGCCUUUCGGAUGCGUGGCUGCGGAUAUCAUUCCCGUAA